GUCUGAUUCCUAUAAAUUCAGGAAAUCCCGGCCAUUUUGUCACUCUCCUUUCUACAGAACUUUUUAGAAAAUUUAUUUCUGCACAAGGGUCCCUAAAUUUUGCAAGAAGCGUUUCUGGUUUUCUGGUGUACUAGUUUUUCAUUGACAAAUACGACAUUUCUAGAAUGGAAUGUAAUAAAGAUGACGCUAUUAAGUGUAAAGGUCUUGCUGAGAAGAAAAUAAAGAAUCAGGACAUUGUCGGAGCCAAUAAAUUUGCUUUAAAAGCUCAAAGUCUAUUUCCAAAUCUUGAGGGGCUUUCUGCAUUAUUGGAGGUCAUUAACCUCUACGUUGCCUCUCAAAAGAAAAUAAAUGGAGAAGUAGACUUGUAUGGGAUUUUCGGUCUGGAUUCCUCUGUCGAUGAUGAUACACUGCGUAAAAAAUACAGAAAAAUGGCUCUGGUCUUUCACCCAGAUAAAAACAAGUCUGCUGGGGCUGCUGGAGCAUUCCUCAUUCUUUCUGAAGCAUGGAAAGUCCUGUCAGAUAAGGACAAGAGAUCUGCAUAUCAUCUGAAGCUGAAUUUAAGAGCUCGGAAUCCUACAUUUCCAGCGGAUAGAAACAGUUUUUGUAAUUUCACCAGCAGCUGCAGCUCACAGAAUGCGAGGAAUAUGUCGACUGAUACCAAGCCCCAGCAGAUGCCAACUAAGUCAAGGACUUCAGCUACUGCUACCAGUUCACCUUACAAUCCUCCACUCUGGCCAAAGAAUUCAAGAGAUGCAGCUGCUUCCCGACAUGUUCCCCGUCCUAAAAGAACUGAAAAAGGAGCCACCAGUUCUCGGUAUGCUGCAACUCCACCAAGGCCAAGGAAUCCGAGAACUGCCACCACUGCCCUGAAUAUUCCCAAUAGUCAGAAGACUUCCAAAACUGGCACCAGAUCGUUCGUUCGCACUCCAUCCCAGCCAAGGAAUCGGACAACUGCCCAGCACACCCCUACCAGCAAUCCUCAUGCGAUCCCUUGUCCUCCACCAGGACCUGAAACAUUUUGGACAUCAUGUACUAGUUGCAGGUUGCAAUAUGAGUACCCGAAGAUUUAUCUCAACCAAAAUCUUCUGUGCAUCUCCUGUCGAGAGGCCUUUUUUGCAAUACAGAAGCCUGCCCCCCCAGCUGGAAGUAUUCACAGUUCACCUGGUUGUUGUGCCUUACACCAUCAGAAGACAGGUAUGUCUGGCGCAUCUGGGAAUUCUGGAAGUGUGACAGCUUCAUAUAUCAUAGCCGCUCAAAUUGCACAGAGGGUCCAGUCAGGUUUUGAGGGUCUCAAGAGAGGGCGUGAAGAGGUAGUAGCUAUGGCAGGGAGUGAGGAGGCUCUACAGAAGAAUAACAUUGCCCCGGACACAACUGAUACUCCCUCAGCUUCUGAGAAGCCUAUGAAUAAGAGGCAUGUAGAUGGACAGAAAUGGAACGAUGCCAAAGAAGGAAACCCAUUGACGGCACAUAAUAUGGCUGCCCAUAAAAUUUCUCUGGAAAUCUGAAGGCAAUUUGGAGGAUAUGCCUGAAUGUGAAAGAAUAACCCGGAUAAUGACGGCUAUUAGGCUAUUAGAGUACCAUGUCUGGUAUUUUUUUAGUUACUUUCACAUUUUGGAACUGGAGACUGACAAUAGAGUAGGCUGUGAAGUGAUGAAAGUUGUUGAAAACCUUGAUUACAUGUUUUGAAGAGCACAUAAUAGUAGCAGGGACUAAAAAGGAGCUAUAUUUUGUUUCUUAAAACAUGCAUCGAUAGUUGCUGAAACCAUAAGUAUCAAUGAAGCUUGUUUUGGCCAGUAAA